GCGAGAUCUAUCCUUUGCUUUUCUAAUCCCUCAGCUCUGUCUGCGUCCUGCCUUUGUAGUCAAAGUAAUGCUCUCUCUACGUACACUGUUCAAGCUCCAGAUUCACAUUUUAGGGUGAUUACCGAACUAUGAGAUAGAUUUUUUGUGAGAGCGUGACGCCAAUGAAAAUUCGUAAACUUCAGGUUGACUCCUUUCUGGUUUGGAUAUUGAAAACAAAUAUUUCAUUUCUCUGAAGUCACCCAAACACCACUGCAGCUACUGAAAUCAGGUCUUAAGACAUUCAGGCAUGCAUGAUUACACACUCGCUGCAAGAAAGCAACAAAUGCAAGUGUGACCAACGGAUCAGAUAUUUUCAAGUAAUUGACACAUCAUGCUCUAACUGAAGGCUCACAGUUUACACCCUUGAAACGUCACACAGGCUGCCGAUUCUUCCCACAAAUCACAGACGUUUCCACUUGUUCCGAUUAGUCUAUCAGCAUAGAGAAGGUAGAACCAGAUAGGAUGGCCGACCGCUACCAAAACAACAUAUACCACCAAAGCGACGGCGACAGCUAUGGGACUUAUGGAGAAGGUGAUGGAGGUGGUCACGAUGGAUAUGGCUACCAGGCCGAAUAUCCCCCCCAAGAAGAGGACGCUGCCAGUGAUGCGACUGAAGGUCAUGAUGAAGAAGACCAAAUGUAUGAAGGAGAAUAUCAAGGGAUACCACAUCCUGAUGAGGUGAAGGCCGCACAGAGGGCUGCGAGGGCAAAGUCUCGAGCUGGCGGUGCACUCACCGAACUGCAGGAGUUAUCGGAACAGUAUGAGGAUAUCAUGGAAGACUGUGGCCAUGGAAAGUUCCAGUGGACGCUCUUCAUGGUGCUGGGCCUGGCUCUCAUGGCUGAUGGGGUGGAAUGUUUUGUGGUUGCCUUUGUUCUGCCAUCUGCCGAAAAGGACCUGUGCCUGUCCAAUGCAGAGAAGGGGAUGUUGGGUCUGAUUGUCUUCCUGAGUAUGAUGGUGGGAGCAUUCAUAUGGGGUGGUCUCGCAGACAAAAUUGGCCGUCGACGCUGUUUGGUUGUGGCCUUAGCUAUAAACUGUGUCUUCGUCUUCCUAUCUUCUUUCGCCCAGAGCUAUGGCUUCUUCCUCUUCUUCAGGCUGCUGUCAGGCAUCGGUAUCGGUGGCACAGUGCCGAUUGUCUACUCGUACUUCUCUGAGUUCCUCCAGAUGGACAAGCGAGGAGAGCAUCUUUCCUGGUUGUGUAUGUUUUGGAUGAUUGGUGCGAUUUUUGCUUCUUUUACUGCCUGGGGAAUCAUCCCCAGAUAUGGUUGGGGGUUCAGUAUGGGCACAGACUUCCAGUUCCACAGUUGGAGGUUAUUUGUUCUGGUUGCAGCUCUUCCUGCCAUCGCCUCUCUCAUCGGACUAACAUUCAUGCCUGAGAGUCCUCGCUUCUUGCUUGAGAAUGCCAAGCACGAUGAAGCAUGGAUGAUUCUGAAGCAGGUCCACGACACCAACUGGAGAGCCAAAGGACAGCCGGAAAAAGUCUUCACCGUGACUCACAUCAAGGCUCCAAAGACAGCAGAGGAUGAGUUAAUUGAGAUUCAAAGUGCUACAGGAACAGCUGUGCAACGCUGGGCUGUCCGCUCACUUACGCUAUGUAAACUGGUAUUUGAGAACGUAGCAUCUCUCUUUUCUGCUGAGCUGAGGUUUGCUACUCUCUUUAUGGCCAUCAUCUGGUUCUGCAUGGCUUUCAGCUACUAUGGCCUAUCUGUGUGGUUCCCAGACAUGAUCAAGCACCUUCAAUAUGAGGAGUAUGAAUCUAGAGUCAAGGUAUUCCAUAGAGAAAAAGUAGAGAACUUCCAUUUCAACUUUUCUUUAGAGAACCAGGUCCAUAAAGAAGGCGAAUACAUCCAUGACAAGUUCAUCAAAAUAGAACUGAGGUCUGUGAAGUUUGAGGACUCAUUGUUUGAAGACUGUCUCUUUGAGGACAUCAAAUCCACUGACACGAUGUUUGAGAACUGCACCAUACGCAACACUGUCUUCACUAAUACAGAUCUGAAGGAGAAGUUCAUUGACUGUAAAAUGGAAAACAACACCUUUGAGGACGACAAACGUGGCUGUCACCUAGACACUGGUGAAGAGAAUGAUGUCCUCAUAUAUCUGGUCAGUUUCCUUGGCAGUCUGGCUGUGUUGCCUGGCAACAUCAUCUCCGCCCUCUUCAUGGAGAAGAUCGGCAGAGUCAAGAUUAUAGGUGGCUCAAUGCUGAUCUCAGCAGGCUGUACCUUUUUCCUGUUUCUGAGCUUCAGCCAAUCUGCGAUCAUCGCUCUACAGUGUCUCUUCUGCGGCGUCAGUGUGGCUGCAUGGAACGGCAUCGAGGUGGUGACAGUAGAGCUCUACCCUGCUUCUAAAAGGGCAACAGCCUUCGGUGUCCUGAAUGCUCUCUGUAAGCUGGCAGCGGUUCUUGGCAGCUCUAUCUUCGCCAGUUUUGUGGGCAUCUCCAAAGCCAUCCCCAUCCUGCUAUCAUUUGUUGCGCUGGUAUGCGGCGGCAUGGUUGCCCUCAAACUGCCGGACACCCGAGAGAAAAUUCUCCAAUGAGGUGACUUGAGGUCCAGUAUUAAGAGUGUUUAAGACCUACUGUAAUUGCUUGAUGUUGAAGUCUUGGCAGCACCAAUUGACUUUUACUGCACUUUUCUUUCCAAGGCAAGGACGGUAACAACUUCAAAUACAAAAUGCCAUGUUGUACUGAUUAUUUUUUAUUUUGACAAUGCGCCUUUUGAGGGGUAGAUCAGACAACGUGAGAUGAGCUAGAUUUAGUUUGUUUCAGUUAUCAGGGAUGAUCUUAAAAUAAUGUGUGAAAAGAAUAUGCAUACACUAACUUAAAUUAUGUGCACACUCAGUAUGACGCAAAUCACAAUGUAAUUGAUCAUCAUUCCCCAUGCUCUGUGUUGAAUAUGUAAUGUGAAAUGACAUCACAAACUGACAACAUAAAUUUUGAAUUGUC